AUGCUGGACCGUAGGUACGGCGGCGCCGUUUGUCCCGAUGACCUCGAUGGACCGGGCAAGGUGCUCGCUCACGCGACGUUACCCACAGAGGCUCGGAACGACGUGUCGGAAAAUUCGCAUCAUCUGCUGCAAACGCUCGUUCACGAGAUCGGUCACUCGUUGGGGCUAUCGCACACCACGGACGAGAACUCGCUCAUGUACGCGUACUCACCCGCCGUGGACUGGCCGGUGGUGCUCGGUAUGGAAGACGUUCUCGCCGUGCGGAAUCUCUACGACGCCGCGAAGGACGAGCCGUCGACCGUGGUGCCUGCCGAGCCUACGGUCGUACAAACGACUACGACGCCUGCGACUACGACGACGGCAUCGCCGGAACCGCCCGAUCCGGCAGUACGCGUGUCGAUCGGCCUGGGUGGGAAGAUCGUCGACAGACCGUUCUUCCUGAGGGAUUACGUGAGGUUCCUGCCAAAGACCGUCACGCGCCUGUCGGCGGCGUAUCAGACGAUCAAGGGGGACCUGGUGUUGUUCGCCGAUGGCUGGGUGUACAUGGUAUCUUAUCCCGCCCUCGAGUUACGCGCGUCGUGGCCACGACGUAUCACGGAUCUCGGGCUUCCGCCCAACGCCGUAAUCAACGCCGCGCUGAACUCGCACACGGGUCGCACCUACGUCAUAUACAACGAUUACGCUGUACUGGAAAUGAACGAAUGUAACAUGACGGCUCGCGGGUACCACACGCUGCAGACCGUUUUCCCGGGUAUACCGUCGUCGGUGCGCACGGCCUACCGCUAUACCGAUGGACACCUCUACUUCGUUCAUCGGGAUCGCUUCUUCGCGUACGAGUUCACCGAGACCGUGACGAGGUCCGGGGAGUUCGAUCUCGACGCGAUCGGCGUGAUGUGUCCUAGGGAGGAUAUCCUACGGAAAUUGUGGGAUCUGCUCGCUCGACUCGCUCGUUCGAGCGUCGCGUUUGAUUAG